UCAGUGCUGGCCAGGGGGCGAUCUGGACGUCCCCUCUGUGAGCCAUGGCUCAGGGCUGCUCUCCCUUUCCCCGCAGGAGGCGAUGAAGGCGUCGGACGGCAGCCUCCUGGGGGAUCCCGGGCACACGCCUCUGAACAAGAAGGAGGGCGUCAAGUGGCAGAGGCCGCGGCUCACCCGCAAGGCCCUGAUGAGGUGCUGUCUGGUCAAGUGGAUCCUAUCCAGUGCUGCCCCGCAGGGCUCAGACAGCAGCGACAGUGAGCUGGAGCUGUCUACGGUACGCCACCAGCCAGAGGGCCUGGACCAGCUGCAGGCACAGACCAAGUUCACGAAGAAGGAGCUGCAGUCCCUCUACAGGGGCUUCAAGAACGAGUGUCCCACGGGCCUGGUGGAUGAAGACACCUUCAAACUCAUUUACUCACAGUUCUUUCCUCAGGGAGAUGCCACCAUGUACGCACACUUCCUCUUCAACGCCUUCGAUGCCGACGGGAACGGGGCCAUCCACUUUGAGGACUUCGUGGUGGGCCUCUCCAUCCUGCUGCGGGGGACAGUCCACGAGAAGCUUAAGUGGGCCUUCAAUCUGUACGACAUUAAUAAGGAUGGAUACAUCACCAAAGAGGAGAUGCUGGCCAUCAUGAAGUCCAUCUACGACAUGAUGGGCCGUCACACCUACCCCAUCCUGCGGGAGGACGCGCCUCUGGCACACGUGGAGCGGUUCUUCCAGAAAAUGGACCGGAAUCAGGACGGCGUGGUGACCAUUGACGAGUUCCUGGAGACCUGUCAGAAGGACGAGAAUAUCAUGCGGUCCAUGCAGCUGUUUGAGAACGUCAUCUAG